CAUAAGAAGACUGCCUGUUCAUGAAGACAUACAACUUAAAGAAGAAUCAGGCCCAUUCCUUGGAGGAUUUCCAGCGAGUUCUUAAUGUGAAUCUCCUAGGCACCUUCAAUGUGAUCCGCCUGGUGGCCAGUGAGAUGAGCCAGAACGAAUCAGACCAGGGAGGCCAACGUGGGGUCAUCAUCAACACUGCCAGCGUGGCUGCCUUUGAGGGCCAGGUUGGACAAGCUGCAUACUCUGCUUCCAAGGGGGGCAUGGUGGGCAUGACCCUGCCCAUUGCUCGGGAUCUGGCUCCCAUGGGCAUCCGAGUGAUGACCUUGAUUGCUCCAGGCCUGUUUGGCACCCCGCUGCUCACCACCCUCCCAGAAAAAGUACGCAACUUCUUAGCCAGCCAGGUGCCCUUCCCCAGUCGACUGGGUGAUCCCGCUGAGUAUGCUCAUCUGGUACAAGCUAUCAUUGAGAACCCAUUCAUCAAUGGAGAGGUCAUCCGGCUGGAUGGGGCCAUUCGCAUGCAGCCUUGAAGGGAGAGGGCAGAGAAAACACACGCUCUUCAUUCCUUGCUUCCCUUGGAGUACUUUACAGCAACCUGGGAGGAAGUCCCACAGCCAUCUUGUAACUGCCUAGCUAUCACACCCCGUACCUAAUAAAGUCUCUGUU